UGUAUACGGGAUUGUACUUAAUAAUUUAAACGAUUUUAUCUUUACAACUUACUCUGUUUAUAUCUUGUACGUGUUCUUUUUUUUUUUACUGCUACGUUUCAUUUGUCAAUUUCAGUGCGACGCUACCAAUCUGUUGUACGGUAGGCUACGUAACUGCGAGUUUACAUCAUUAAUUCAGACACGUAUAUUUGUCUGAGGUAGCCUUGUUGCGUUGUCGGUUAAUGUGUUUUUGCACGUCUAUGGCUAACGUUUUGAAUUGAAUAAAGAUCAUUAUUUAUAUGUGGAUACAUUUUUAUAGAAUCGGCGUUAACAAACUAUGUCUAAGAACGUCUUGUCUUGUGAUACACAUAGUUUUAAAGCCUGUACUAUAUUGUCAGUUGCUGGCAUCAUCUUUAGUCAAUUGGUCGAUUAGACCAAACCAAUGACAAACCGGGAGAUUUAGGAGGAAAGGGGCAACGCCAAUUGCAGGAUUCUGUCAGAAACCGCUUCGAUCCGGUUUCUUGUAUGGGGGGUUGGAUCCUAUAAAAACGCACCACGCUUGCAGCAGCCUAUUCAUUUGAGUAACAGCAGGAACGAGUAGUGAGCAUAGUCAUUGUCAAACGGGCGCGCUAUAUUCUUGCUAUAGCGUGUGUAGAGAUUUAAAUGACAAAGGCAAAUUCCCUUAGCGUCAUCGUGCAGCGUAAGCGAUAGCCAUUUAUUCUAAAAGAAGCCAGGGUAUUUGUUAAAGGGAAGCUCGUUUGCAUGAAGAGUUAGUGGUACAGAGUGGCUGUAGAGUAAACAAAGCAGGUGAGCCAGUGAGUACAGGGUUCGGGUACUACCACUAGAGUACAGGGUUCGGGUACUACCACUAGAGAACAAGGGUCCUCCGCAGCUACCUCCGGCUUCUGCCAUAAUGUGCAACCGACUUUGGUUCAUCACCGACCGCAGGAUUGUCGAGGAGUACCCGCAGCAAGAAAUCCACAGGGCUCUGCAAGCUCGCUGUACCGAUGAAGAUAUCGAAUUCAGACGGGUUUUAAUGGACGAGAUUGUGAUUACCAUCGAACAAGGGCUUUUGGGUCUGCGUGUCAAUGGGGAAUCAGUGUCCUCCUACCCCCAAGUGGCAGUAGUGAGAGUUCCCACCCCCUGGAUUCAGAGUGACAGUGACAUCACCGUGCUGAGGCACCUGGAGAAGAUGGGCUGUCGCCUCAUGAACAGGCCGCAGGCUGUGCUGAACUGUGUCAACAAGUUCUGGACCUUCCAAGAGCUGGCUGGGCAUGGAGUCCCACUGCCAGAUACCUUCUCCUAUGGCGGUCACGAAAACUUUGCUAAGAUGAUUGAUGAGGCAGAAGCGUUGGAAUUCCCCCUCGUCGUGAAAAACACACGAGGACACAGAGGCAAAGCAGUCUUCCUGGCUCGUGACAAGCCUCACCUGUCGGACCUGACUCACCUGAUCCGUCACGACGCCCCUUACCUGUUCCAGCAGUACGUGCAGGAGAGCCAUGGGCGGGAUGUGCGGGUCAUUGUGGUGGGGGGGCGGGUGGUGGGCACCAUGCUGCGCUGCGCCACCGACGGGAGAAUGCAGAGCAACUGUUCUCUCGGUGGUGUCGGCAUGAUGUGCUCACUGAGUGAGCAAGGCAAGCAGCUGGCUGUCCAAGCCUCCAACAUCCUGGGAAUGGAUGUCUGUGGCAUCGACCUCCUGACCAAAUCAGAUGGCUCCUUCAUGGUGUGCGAGGCGAACGCCAACGUGGGCUUCAUUGCUUUUGACCGGGUCUGUGGGCUGGACGUGGCUGGGGUCAUUGGCGAUUACGCCCUUUCACUGCUGCCCUGCAGGGGCCUGCUGACCAGACGCAUGUCUCUGCUCUCCGUGGUGUCCAGCACCAGCAGCGAGGUCAGUGAGGAGGCAGAUGCCCCAGGACCCAUCCUUCCUGUGGACGGGCUGUCCAACACAUCCCUGGACAGCAACGAAGAACAGCAACUGCAGCAAGCUAGCUUUAAUAUCAAUAACAUCAAUCAGCUCAACCUCCUGGUGGAGUAAUGCCGCAUGAAGUUGAACUGGCAACUCCCUUGGCUUGACCCUGAUACCAUACAAGAACCAGAUCAAUUGAAAAACAUUUCACUAGUGUUCCGCAAUCGGAACUACGCCAUGCCUUAGUGUGGAGCUGUAUGAGAUACCUCAAGCUCAAAAUUAAGCCAUUGCACAUCAAUCUGAGCUAUUCCUAGAUUUACUAUUGAGCCUACUUGAGUUUAGACUUGGAGAUAAACUUGGAAUGGCUCAAAUGGCUCGGCAAUGGGAGUCUAAUCCUCACAAACCCAGUUUUCAGGCUAGCCCCUCAAUUACUUCAAUUGUUACUGCUUUAUAAUUUGGCAUGCUGCCCUUAUUGGCUUGCUGUUGCUGGCAAAAGGAAAUUCACUUUUGUGAUCUAGCCAUAUUUCAGUCAUUUGGGUAGGGGCAGGUCUUUUGAAGCCUUAACACAGGUUCUUUUCUCUUAUGGGAACUAGACAACACUAUUUUAAGGAAUCUGCAUUGUAUACAGAAAGCAUCAUUUUGUGUAGUUUGAGCCUUGAGGUUUAAGAGGUGGUUGUAUAGAUGUGUUGGAGUUCAUUUCAAUGCAGUUAAGGUUUCCACCAUUCUGUGAUUUGCAUGAUAUUGUGACAACUGAUAGGCUGGUAAGUAACACAGCAGCUUUGCACGCCAAGGUUAAUAUCCCUGGCAUGGCUAGUUAUGUUGUAGAAUAUGCUUCAAAUUCUAAUGACAUUUGAUGCAUUUUAUAAACUACAGAACUGGCUACACCUUUGACAGUACCUGAAGCUACUGGAGGACACAGGACUGUCUGGGUCCCUUAAACUUCCUAGAUCAGACCCUGAGGGCGUGUUCUGUGGGUUAGAUCUGCAGACUCGCAAAAUGAUCUUGCCAUUUCAUCUAACAUUAAACGCUUCGCCCAGCGUACUUGCACAUGAGUACCCCUCCCAUAAACACAUCUGCUUUGCUAUAGUGGAUCGCUUUAUUUGGACACAACGGCUGAUCACCUGACUAUUUUUUUUUAUUGGUAAAUGUGAUAACCUGUUUCACAACUAUUUAAAACAAUCUGUUCCUAGUAAAGGUAAUUGAGGAAACUAAUCCCCGAUUCUGUCAUGGCCCUGCAGUCAAAGGUGUGAAUAACAUGUUAUGGUGCUGUUUAGAAAGCAAUCCUUUCUGCUGUAGGCAGCAUGCUAUAAUAAUGUGUUCUAGUGCUAGAUUUUAAUUCAUGAAAUGCAGACAUUUUGAUUAUUCAAAAUGUUUUUCUCCAUCAACCAUGCAAAUUAUUUUUAAAUGUAUUUAAAGAAAUAGACCUCCUACAGGUUUUAAUCUAAGGAUUUACAUGUAGGGAAGCUUUAAGAUUACUGCUACGUUGUUUCUGUAACAUGUUAACCCUUUGUUUUCCAGAGUCAUAACUGUAAUGUAACUAAUUUUUAAAUGCAAUUGCACAAUUAAGUUUUUUUUUUUUUUGUAAAUGUGUUGGGGUGGGGUGGUAUUUAACAAGUAUUACCAUGUCAAAUUUGUAUACUGAGCAUCAAAAGAAACAUAUCAUUUAUUUUGAAAAAUGGUUAACUUUUAGAGCAGGUGCAGUGACUUUCUGUUCUGCUGAUUUAAUAAUUGACAUCACGAAGAUGCUGCAAAAUGAUCUGAUCUUGGGCAGGUGUUGUGGCUCUUGGUCUCCCAGUUCAUGGCCUGUCAUGGACCAUGUCUGGCUUAUACCGCCUUGCCAGGUUUGAAGUUGAUGGCUGUGAGCACCCAAGAUGGCGAGCAACAGUACACUGCCCCAGUAGAUUUGCACGAAGGCGAUGCUCUCUUGACAGACAUGGCAUUUUUUUUUUUUCUGUGAUUUCUUUUAUUGCUUUUAUUCAAGCUUGCAAUUCAGCAGCCAAAAUCGCUCCAUAUCCAGUUUCCAAUCAACUGUCUCACUAAUUAGGUGAUUAAGUGCAGAUGCUUCAGUCAUAGUCACUCAAGCAAGUCAUGGUCAAGGAUGAAUGAUCAAGUGAUUAAAAAAGAAACCAAAAAUAUUCAGUGUCCAUUUUAUAUAUUUUGUUUUCAAAAAUAAGUUAGUGAAGGUUUCUUAUUGAUGCUUGGUAUAUAAUACUGCAUUGUCUUUUGCAGCUCCAUCUGGGAAACGAAGGGUUAUAUUGAUACAAUUUGGACUGGUGUAAUUUUACUAAAUACAUUGUCUUGCAUAUUCACAGUACAAAAUGUUCCAUUAAAUUGAUAGUAGGGUCAAACAAGGUAGCAUGUGUGAUAACUUUCCUGAUGCACACUCCCUACAGCUAACUACAGGCAAAUCUGUAUCUGACUGCAUGAAAGACUACUUUGUAUGUACUGGUGACCAAUUCAAUGUCCAGUGUUUUAAGCUGGUGAACUGAGACUGCUUACUAGGACAAAACUGUAGUGGUGAAUGAACAGCUGGGUUGUUUUACAUUUGUUUUGUAGAAUCCAUCUUGGUUGGUGUAAUUGAGUGGCAAUACUAAUUGCAAUUUUUAUAGCGCUUAGUACCAUUAAAUGAGUACCUCCCAAUAUUUAAUGCAGGAUAUGCACGUUCCCAAUACAACACAUACUCCUACAUCAUAGUACUAUUGCUGUAGGUUGCAGGAAGUGACAGAACUUCUCAUCUGUAGCAUUGUCUUUAGAAAUGUCUGCAUAUUGGUUAGCACUCAUUUAAAUUAGUGGAUUGAAAAUCUUAAUGUUGCUACUUUAAAUACUCAACCAUUCUGCGUGCCUCAGUUUCAAGAGAGGUUUUUAACUUUGUGCACACUGCCAUCCAGUGGCCAUCUAUAAAGAUAGCAUUCAUAUUUGUCAAACUCAUUUACAACUGGUUGCCAAAUGUUACAGUAGUCUUAAACUAAAUUCUGAAUGUGCUGUACAUUUAUAAUGAAAUGCCCAUUGAGAUGUGGCUGCUGUUUUAAUAGGCCCUUGCUGACAGAUGUGUGUGUCUUAAACUCUGUAAUCUAUUUGAAUAGAAGGGACAAAUGUUUACGGGAAUGCUUCUGUCUGCCUGAAAGUUUUGGGUUUGUGGCCAAACGCGUGAUUUUAAUGAAACACUAUCUGGGGUGACUCCCCCCCCCCCCCCCCCACACAACACUGCUCUUUUAAAAGUUCCCCUUGUUGAAAGCUCUGUACUUUGUUUCUUGUAUCUGAUUUUAACAUUGUUUUGUGUACAGUAUUUGUUGUUUUAUUUGUUAUUUUAAAAACUAAUGUGAAACGCAAUGGAUUGCAAAUUAAUAAAUACCUUGAAAGAGGU